AUGCAGAAGGUAUUUAUUGCUGAUGGCGAAAAUCGAUCUUGUCCAUCACAGAAUGUUGUGCAACUGGACGCUAACCGUAGCCAAAAUGACGGGCUUGCAUUACCCACAGUGACAUUCUUUCCGAAGCAGGACAUUGCGUUGCUUCUGUUUUCCAGUGGUACAACAGAUUUGCCAAAAGGAGUCAUGUUGACUCAUUUCAACCUGACGGCGAGCAUUCAGAUUUUGGAAAAUCACUUUCUCCCAACAAGUCUGAAUCGCCAUUGGCCGCAGGUGGUUAUCCUUCCUAUCUUCCACGCAUAUGGCAUUUGCACGUUGUUAAGUUGUCUCGUAGCUGGCUGUCCUUUGACAAUCAUGUCCAGAUUUAGUAUCGACAAAUUUUUAAGCAUACUGCGAGACCAAAAGAUCCAGCAUGUUUUUGCGGUGCCUUACAUUUUAAAAAGAAUUACUAGUGACCCGAGGGUCCGGAACUAUGAUAUUAGUUGUCUUAAAGCAAUCACUAGCGCAACGUCACCCCUGCAUGAGGAAACAUAUAUGAAACUCCGUAAACUGUUUCCUCACGUAACCGCGAUCAAACAAGCCUUUGGAAUGACGGAAGUAAUGGGUUCACACGUGAAUCCAGUAUUUCCUGGUUCUGAAAGAAAGCGAUCUAGUAUUGGUAUGUUGCUGCCAUGUUACGAGGCCAAGGUGGUCGAUAUUUCAACAGGGGCAGAACUAGGGUGCAAAAAGCAUGGCGAAAUUUGUCUGAAGACUCCAACUGCCUGUGCUGGAUACUAUCAGAAUCAAGAAGCGACGUCCGUUUUAUUUGACAAAGAAGGCUGGCUACACACAGGGGACAUUGGCUACUACGAUGAAGAGGAGUUUUUCUAUAUCGUUGGACGACUGAAAGAGCUGAUCAAAGUUAAAGGCUUUCAGGUUUCACCAACUGAAUUGGAAGACAUCAUUUUGAAACAUCCCUUGGUAGUCGACGUUGCAGUAAUCGGUAUUCCAGAUGAAAUCAACGGAGAGCUGCCAUUUGCAUAUGUGGUAAGAAAAGACGCCAGCUUAACAGAGGAAAUGUUGGCAUACUAUUUCAACCCAAAAGUGAUUCGUUACAAACGUAUAAUGCCGAGCAACAUUCGUUUCGUUGCAUCCAUUCCAAAAACGAAACUUGGAAAGCCACGACGGAAAGCUCUUCUCGAAACGUACAUAUCCGAGCAAAAGUCGCGCAUCUUUUUGAAGAGUCGGAUUUGA